AUGGAUUCAGCAUCUUCUAUAUCUGCUAAUGUUAAUAACAUUCCUGUGCUUAAUGGUACAAACUUCAAGAAAUGGAAGGAACGCGUUAUGAUUGUGCUCGGGUGCAUGGAUUUGGACUAUGCAUUAAGGGAGGAUCGCCUUGCAAACCUUACUAAUGCCAGCACUGCUAAGCAAAGCGCUACUGUGGAAAAAUGGGAGCGAUCAAAUCGCAUGAGUCUAAUGAUAAUGAAGCACUCAAUUCCAGAAGCAAUAAAUGGUGCAAUACCUGAAAAGUCUCGAGCCAAGACAUUCUUGGACCAGAUAGCAAACUGA